UUAUUCCGCGGUGGAAAGUCAUUUGGUUAACAACGUUUCUUGGAUCAGCUUAAUAUUUUGAUCUCCUUAAACAACAACAAUUUUUAUUUGUGGUUUUUAAGUCGAAAUCAUUUUUUUUUUUUUAUACCAUAAAAUAAAAAAUAAUAGUGAAAUGGAUCUUAAGUUUAUAGUUUUGGUCUCCAUGUUGUCUUUAACUUUGGCCUAUCCCGGUCUUGAGCAUCAUUAUUAUGAGGGCGGUCAUGAAGGGGGUUACGAAAUAGCUUCUGCUGGGCACGGUCAUGAAAUUGCCCUCUCAGAAGGACAUGGCGGCGGACACGAGGAGCACUACGAAGAUGAACAUGUGGACUAUUAUGCACCACCGAAAUACGCUUUUAAAUAUGGUGUUAACGAUUUUCAUACUGGUGAUGUAAAGUCCCAGCACGAAACACGUGAAGGUGAUAGCGUGAAAGGUCAAUAUUCGUUGGUUGAGCCGGACGGUUCUAUACGUACAGUUGACUACACCGCCGAUAAACAUAACGGUUUUAAUGCUGUUGUACAUAAGACUGCUCCCGUGCACGGUCAUGAAGAACACGAAUAUCAUCAUUAGAUUCGUUAGGGGACAAUCUAAACGAUUAGUAAACCAACAAAAAAAAAAAAAAAAAAAAAAAAAAAAAAAAAAAAAUGACUUGAUAGCCAUUCCAUAAACAUGAAAUCGUGAAGCUAGUGAAUUUGGAAUUUUUUUUUUUUUUUUUCUUAAAACAAGGGAAAAAAAAAAAAAAAAAAAAAA